AUCGCCCGGCUCCUCGACAAACUCUGCGUCGCAUCCUGGUGCGGCUGACGGACGACAGCGAGAAAGAGAGCCACCUGGGAGUCCCCCCCACGCAGGAAACUCAUGGCUACGGUUACGGCGGCUUUCCAGAUCCAAGGUCUCCAACCGCAACAGUACACCUUUUGUUAGGAUAUCGUCGGCCGCAGUUUCGCCUGGGAAAAGGGCUGGCAGACGCUCGGCUGGCUGCUCAUCGCACAUGGGUGCAUUGUGGUGGCCGGAUUCACCCUGUUGUUGCCGCACACGUUCAUUGCCCGCGCGCACUUCGUGGAUCAAAUCAUCGGCAUCACCAUGACUGCUGGCUUCCUCUAUUGCACAACGAGAGCAGCUAUGAGUCUCCCGGAGGAUGAGAAGAAGGCCAAGCAUGUCUGCCCCUGCCUGAAGACCGAUGACGAUAACACGCUGAUGCUCGCCUUGGAGAUUGCUGUCGAGGGUUUCUUCCUCUGGUGUCAACAGACCCUGUUCUGGGUACUGAUCAUCACGGUCGGUAUCUAUCUCCUCAUCUGGUGGCACACCGAGAGCCAGGAGGAGCAGGCCAACCAAGCAUACCAGAAGCUGACCCUCACCCCAACCAUCCUGCUUGGGGUAGCAGACGUGCUGCUCAACUACAGAGAGGCUCUGCAGAACAUCACGGUGGCGGCAUACAACAAUGGCACCAACGGCACAAUGACAGUCCACAACAUCACAAUGGGACUGCUGAACCUCACUGUCGUCGUACAAGGCGUCGUGUCGGACAUCAAGAAUUAUACAGAGUAGCUGCUGGGGG